CAAUACACGAAAAUAAAUUGCCUGGGCCAAAAGCCCGCCAGUGUUUGUCAUCCACUCUAAAUUCCGAUUUCUUGAACCAUCGCCGGCGGCUCCCUAGCAUGCCGGUCUAAUGGCCGACGAUUGGCUUUCGCCGGCGUCCCUCACCCCCUCUGCUCGCCCGGUCCUCUUCCCCGGCGAGAUCGAGCGCUUCCUCCUCCCCUCCGUUGAUCUCGUGGCGGAAGAGAACCCCGGCCUCGCUCCUCUCCGCUCGGGCCUUUUGAUCAUCACUUCGCACCGCCUCCUAUGGAUCCACGAGCCCUCCGUUUCCGGCCGAUCGAUGCCCCUCGCAGCCGUCAUUCAUGUGUUCCCCUUGAAGAAAUCGGUGCGGAGCAUGUUCGCGAGCCCUAGGGUUCGUAUCCAGGUUGCUGUGGGGAUUGAUGGGAAGGUGGGGGAGAAGGGAACCAGAUCGGAGGUGAUUACGGUGGUGAUGAGAGGGAAGACCGAUCCCGAUGUGUUCCUUGGGAAACUGUGGGAGGUUUUGAGAGCUAAGGCAUGGGAGGCUACCCAGAAGGAAGGAUCGGAUGAGAUGGAGAGAGGGGAAAAUUCCCAGAUGGGGACUAGAGUAAGGAUGCCGGUUGUGGGGGUUUCUGGAAUUUUGAGGAAAGAACAGGAAAUGUGGGAGAACACGGAUAAAAGCUUGCAGGAUGCCUUUCAGGAUCUCAAUGCUUUGAUGAGUAAAGCCAAGGAGAUGGUGAUGCUGGCAGAGAAAAUGAGGCAAAAGCUUUUGUCAGGACCAUCUUCCCAUGCAAACUCAAAUGAUGAAGACAUAGGUUCUAAGCAAGACAUCCAGGAUUGGCUACUGAGUGUCGGUAUAGUUUCACCUGUUACGAAGGAGUCCGCUGGUGCUCUAUACCAUCAGCAGUUAUCUCGCCAGCUGGCAGAUUUUGUCAAACUGCCACUUGAGAAAGCUGGAGGGUUGAUUGCACUAAUAGAUGUUUAUUGUCUUUUUAAUCGUGCCAGAGGAACAGAACUGAUUUCACCUGAAGAUCUUUUGCAAGCAUGUGCCAUUUGGGAAAAAUUUGAUGUUCCUAUAAUGCUUAGGAAGUUUGAUAGUGGAGUGAUGGUCAUUCAGAAUAAGGCCCACAGUGAUGAGGAGGUACUCGCCAGAAUAACUGCUCUUGCCAUGAAACCUGAUGCCCUUCGAAUGGGAAUAAGCUCCACUGAUGCUGCAUUAAUUCUGGGAAUUGCCCCUGCUAUGGCCAAGGAACAUCUACUUACUGCUGAAAGCAAGGGUCUCUUAUGCAGGGAUGUUAGCCCUGAUGGUUUUCGAUUUUACAUCAAUCUCUUCAAAGAAAUUGAUCCACGCGAUAUUUAUUUUGUUAAAGCGGAUGGAAUUAUUCCGGCUUGGGUCUCUGCGUCAUUGGCAUCUGCGUAGGAUGGAAGGAACAAUGACAUUUGGGCGUCGACCCCUAGAUGGCAAACGUGGGACCGUCAGGUUUUCCUCAGGACAUGAUGUUCUCUUCACGAAUUGUACAGAUUCAGAGAUUGUGCCAAACCUCAUCUCAGCUCCAGCAGCUCCAGUGUUGAAAACACAGUUAGGUAGUUGAACUUCCGAUCCUUCUCCCAGGAAAAUAGUGAGCUUCGGGCUUCCGGAUACCAUUGAAUUCUUGAAUGCCAUUUCACCUGCAAUAAAAAUAUCAAUAUUAACUUUCUUGUAUAUGAAUUAUAAGAAGUAAUGCCUUUACUUGUACUUGAGCCUCAAAGAUGGGAGGAGGAAUUAAAAGAGUCCCCACCGGGCAUGCCAGAAUUUGUGGGAUCGAAAAUACCCGCCCUAGCGUCGUAUCGGUGAGGAGACACCAGGCGAUAUAUCGAAUCACAAAUAUUAUUUUAUUUUAUUUAUUUUUAUCUUUGUAGGUUCUUCCAUUCCUAAUAGAGGCAAGCCUC